GGCCUAUAAUAUAGUGUACUGCAUGUAAGUGAAUCGACAUCAAAUCCUCUAGCAAUUGUGUAUAAAGCUAGGUCAUCAGACAUGGCUAUAAAAAAGGCAAGGAAGGCAAAUUAUUCUCAAGAUGUCAACUAUUUAUGGCAGACAAGUAUGAGGAAUUAAAAGAUGUUAUUUAUGCUAAGCAUAAGGAUGCAAACACUAACAAGAAAAAGAAAGAUGCAUGGGCGGCUGUAACUGAUGACGGUACUUCGUUAUAGCGCCCUCAAACGACCAGAAGUUUCACCACGCAUAAGUUCAUCACACGUGUCUCAGAAAUUACAGUCAUUAAAUUCAGUCAAAUUUGAAGACACAGAGGCAUGGAGGGCAGCAGCAGACCUACCUGUGGGACACUUCCAGCUUCAGUUGCUCACAAACCGAGGGCCCAUUGUAGAGGUCACUGCCAACUACAAACGAAUGGUGCUCGAGGAUUACCUGCAGCGAAAGCAAAAUCGACCUGAACGCCACGCUAUUCGCCAUCUUCUUGGCGUGCUGGCUUUCGCUCAGGACCGCGACGUGCCGGACCGUGCGCGGGAGCGUUUUGAGUUUAUCCUCUCCGAAGAUCCGGAUAAUUUGAAUGCGAAGGCAAACCUGGCCUACGUGAAUGGGACAGCUGCCCCACCUUAUGAUGAGCCCGAUCUGACAUCGGAAGCUAGCAAGCAGCAACAUGCGAGACGCUUCGCCGAACAGGGAUACGCCUACAUGUUUGAGCUGUUCGACGAGACGAAGACGUGCGACCGAUACGAGAAGGGACUAGAUCUCUAUAACAGAGCCAUGGAGCUGGCCGGUGACCUGGUGGAUCACACGGAGAAAGAGGACUGGCAGUUCUGCAUCGGACUUGCAAGUUAUAAGAUUCUGCGUAUUUUAGCGACGGGUGGAGAUGGCGGACAAAGAGCGCAAUCGUUGCUCGAAUCGGCUAGCGGAAACUUUCGGGCAAUAGUGGACAGUCCACACGCAGAUAACGCAAUUAAGAGCGAAGCGUGGCUGCAAUUUGCCCUGACUCUCAAAAAAGGUUCCGAAAUGGGACUGCAUGGACGUGCGAACAUAGCCCCGGAACAUUGCCUGGAUAGGGCACUGGAAUUAGCUCCGGAUGAUUCCUUGAAGGCCCGCAUCCUGGCUCGUCAGGCGCAUUUCACUUUCAAGACCGAUCGAAAUGAGGGCUUUAGGAGAGCCAGGGCCUUGUUGGACAGUUCCAUUGAUUUCGACAACUCCUCCCUAAAUUUCCAUGCUUAUUCCUUGCGUGCAGAAAUUUGCAUUAAACAGUACAGAAGGUCUAAGAACAUUGCUCUCAUCACGCGAGCUAAGGAUGACUUGGAGUUCAUCUUGCAGCAGCACGUUUCUCCCUGGGAUUUUGAAAGACUGGCCGAGGCGUAUUUGUACCUGGCGAAAAGCUCCAUCGGGGAAGAGUCCAGAGAUUACAUCAGGAAGGGUCUCGAGACCUGUACGAAGUGCGAGGGAUGUCAGGACGGCGCGGGGAGAUCCAUACUUCACCACGUACGUGGACAGAUCCUGUGCCUGAACGGCCAGCAUCAGGAAGCGAUGGAGUCCUUCCAGAUAGGCAUUGCAUGCGAGGAGAACACCGGCUGGAUAAGCGGCAACGUGGGUGCGCUCGCCGAAGAGAGGCGACACGUUGAAAGGCAGUACAAUCGUUGAACUAUGGUGAGAUACUGUGGACAAAAUAAUUAUCGGUGUAGAAAAUAGAAGCGCAAAAGUUUGAGCUAUUGAACAAAAAGUACUAAUGUUCCGAACGUAUAUUGUAGAACUCAUUUUCCUUAAGAUUAUGGACACAAUUUGCAAAAAUGUACUUUUGCCGAUAUAUACGAUAAAUCUGAAGCAGGCUAUUAGUAUUUUUUUAAAAAUACGAACCUGUUUAUCUGUCGAAAUUUCAGCUCGGUAGAUAUUUUUUUAGAAAACUGAAACUGUGUCUUCAUUUUUCUUGACAAAAAUCAAGGAUUCGGUUGAAAGUCCUCGCUUCCAAUAUGUUCCUUAAUGCGUUUUGACCGUUGCACCCUCCUGUACAUGUUGUGACCCCAGUUUGUCGCUCGAGGGAAAAAUACUUCUCAUACAUAGAUAGGUAUUGAAAACGAUUGCAAACUACACUAAAUUCAUUCAAAAAGAGGGUUUUUUCCAGGUGUGAUAGUUUCAUAGUGUUUUGGCGCUUCGUCGUUGGUGUCCAUUCCCUUUAAAGCUGCAGCUUUAUUCAUUUCACGUUAAUUUCAUUGAAUAAAAAAAAGAGCGAAAAGAUUAGUGCAAAAUAUUUAAAAGGAAAACAGUGUUUGGCAUGACAAAUAAUAAAACUUUUUACUUCUUUGUUAGUAGGCUAGAAAGCUAAUCGCCAGAGACUAUUUAGUAUCCCUUUUUAGAAACUUUUAUCAAAAUAUUUGCAUAUCCUUACUGGAUUUUAAUCGUCUUGAUACAGUUUUUACACAGAUUAGAUUCAUCUAUUAUUUUGACCUUCGCAACUGUGUGUGAUCGUUCAGAAGAAAAAAACAUUUCAGCCUCUUUGGUGUGUUUUUUGCAAGUUGUGAAAUGGUGGAAGCAAGUUUGAUAUUUAAUCUCGACUUGCUUAGACUUAUAAGUCUAUGAAGUUAAAUUGUUCAAUGUAGAUGUAUUCUGAUGUUCUGAUCAUUAUUAAUUGCAGUCGAUGCAUAGUAAUGUCAUGUGUUCGAUGUCAAAUCGAUUCAUAGUAAUAAUGUCAUAACGAUGACCACACAUGUAUCUCAUAUAUACACGCGUGUGGAUAAACUGGUUUUUGACCAUUUUCAUGUAAAUAGCCCAUUUUUCUGUAAAUAGCCGUCAUUUCUUAAUUAGGCUUUAUUUUCAUUGCCAUUUUCACCAUAUGUCACCAAGACCUUGAUGUGAUCUUGUAAAAUUAUGUAUGUGGUAUGUAGUCAUUUUAUAUUUCGUGACGUGGGAUUUUAUCAGUGUAAAUUAGAUGUCGUCAAUAUCCCUACAGUCAUGUAGUCAUUUUGUUUGAUGCAGUCAUUGUGUAGUCAAUCCAUUAUUUUCGUGUGAUAGUAGUUAUUUGAUAUCAUUAGUUAAUACGCUAGUUGGUGUAGCCAGCUCACCACCAAUUUGAAGAAAUUAAUAAUCAUUGUUUUGUUAAUUCAGUGUAUUCUGCAUGUAAUUUAGCUGAGUCCAAAGAAAAAUCUUGUUUUAAAACAAACAUUUAAGGAAGGCAGACAAAAAUAAGUUUACUGCAAAUUCAAGAAUAAAUGAGCUUUAAGCAAAAGCUACAGGCAAAAGGAAAUCUCAACAUAAAAUGUCAAUAUUCAGUAUCAAAUAUUCAUUACUCUGUGUUUGUAGUCAAUAUUCAUUAUUCUUUGUAGUCAAUAUUCAUUAUUCUUUAAGUCAAUAUUCAUUAUUUGAUGUAGUCAAUAUUCGUCAUCAGAUGUAAACAAUAUUCGUUAUCUGAUGUAGCCAAUAUCAUUAUCCAAUGUAAUAAAUUUGUAUUAUCUGGUGUUUAGUCAAUAUUCAUUAUCUGCAGACGAUAGUCAAUAUUCAUGAUCUGAAUCAAUGUUCAUUAUUCUGAUGUAGCAUUAUUCAUUAUCUGAUGUAUAGUAAAUAUUCAUGAUCUGGUGCAGCCAUAAUUAUUCAUUAGAUGAAGGCGUCAAUAUAUUGUUGAUGAAGCCAAUUCA